CUCAAGUUAUCUCGACACCCACCGGAACCCGGUUUCGAGUGAUACUUCGGACAGGGUUAGGAAGAUAGCAAGAAAUUAUCACUAUUCUCGCCGAGGAUCAUUUCAGCGCUAUUCAGUCCAGGAAUAGGCUAUGCGUUUGCGAAAAUAUGAAUAUUUCUAGUACAGCUUUUCGGUCCACCUCUUCAGUUGCGUAUGUCCGGUUCAGAAAACUUGCGCGAUACUCAGCCGUAUGAUGGAGAGUCGCAGAAAGAUUCAGAAGCACGUACACUGAUAUUCUGCUGUAACGAACAACAUAUAGCAACUUCAAGCGUUCACGUGCCCGUUAAGACUUACCGUGCCGAUGUUACUCUGCCUAUACUGAAGUUUCCAUUGAGGAGUAUUGGUUCGAAGAUGUCAUAUCUCCAAGAUACUGUGCACUCAAUUUUUAGCAACAAGGGCUACAUGCAAUUUGAGCUCGCGGUCCGGUAUUUUUAGCUACCAGUCCGUCCCCAGUAGGGCCUCUUGACGAGUUGGGUUUUUAAAUCAUGACGAUUUUAAAAUCGCAUUUUUUAGCAUGUGUCUCAGAGAUUGGCAAAUGAUGUUGUAGGCCUGUCCAAUCCAAAGUACGGCAAUUCAAACCGUUAUAUAGACGCAACAUGUUUCCUCCUUAGUUCAAGCACCAUUGAUUCAAUUGAUGCAGACGGACGGAUUCACCGAUGGCGAAAAUGAAAUUCAGUGUGU